AUGGCCCUGCACGCUGAGGCAGCCUUGCUGCUCCUGGGACUGCUCCUGGGGUUUCUGGGGCUCUGGGGGUUGUGCCGAGCCCCGGCCUCCACCCCUGCCCAGGCCCAGAGCUGGCCCCCUGGGCCGCGGCCUCUGCCUUUCCUGGGGAACCUGCACUUGCUGGACAUGCGGCAACUGGACAGAUCGCUGAUGGAGCUUGCAGAGUGCUAUGGGCCGGUGUUCACGGUGCACCUGGGUGUCCAGAAGACAGUGGUGCUGACGGGCUUCGAGGCAGUGAGGGCGGCGCUGGUGGGCACUGGGCAGGAGUUGGCUGACCGGCCGCCCAUCCCCAUCUUCCAGUUCAUCCAGGGAGGAAGGGGCAUCUUCUUCUCAUCUGGAGCCCGCUGGAGGGUGGCACGUCAGUUCACCAUCCGCACCCUGCAUGGUCUGGGUGUGGGGCGGGCACCUACUGCCCACAAGGUCCUGGCAGAACUGGAGUGGCUUGUGGCAGAGUUGGACAACUACAGGGGUCAGCCCUUCCCACUGCCGAUGCUCGGCUGGGCUCCCUCCAACAUCACCUUUGCGCUCCUCUUUGGUCAGCGGUUUGACUACCGAGACCCCCUGUUUGUCUCGCUGCUGGGGCUCAUUGAUGAGGUCAUGGUCCUCCUGGGCUCCCCCAGCCUGCAGAUGUUCAACAUAUUCCCCAGGCUCGGAGCCCUGCUCCAGCUACACCAGCCAGUCUUGCGCAAGAUAGAGAAAGUGCGCGCGAUCCUGGUGACGCUCCUGGAGGCAAGGCGGCGGCACGUGCUCGCUGGGGGCACCGUGCAGGGCUAUGUGGACGCUCUGAUCCUGCAGGACCAGAGAGAAGAAACUCCGGGUCCGUUUUCCGAGGCCGACAUGGUGGCCUGUAUCUUGGAUAUGGUCAUGGCCGGUACGGAGACCACCUCAGCCACUCUGCAGUGGGCCGCACUUCUGAUGGGCCGGUACCCGAGUGUACAAGGCCGCGCACAGGCGGAGCUGGAUCGUGUGCUGGGGCUCCGGCAGCCCGGGCCCGCUGACCAGGCUGCGCUUCCCUACACCAACGCCGUGCUCCACGAAGUGCAGCGCUACAUUACUCUCCUGCCGCACGUGCCGCGCCAAGCAGCCGCCCCCAUCCACCUGGGCACUUACCUGCUACCCCAGGGCACGCCUGUGAUCCCUCUGCUGACCUCUGUGCUGUUGGACAAGACAAAGUGGGAGACCCCAGACCACUUCAACCCCGGCCACUUCCUGGACACUAAAGGGCAAUUUGUGAAGCGGCCAGCUUUUCUGCCUUUCUCUGCAGGCCGCCGUGUGUGCGUAGGGGAGAGCCUGGCCCGGAUCGAGUUGUUCCUACUGUUUGCCAGCCUCCUUCAGCGGUUCCAUCUGCAGCCCCCGCCCGGUGUCCAUGCUGACACGCUGGACUCCACGCCUGCCCCUGCCUUCACCAUGAGGCCACGGGCACAAGCCCUGUGCGCAGUGCCAAGAAAGCGCUGA